AUGCAAACCCACGCCAAAGCGACCGCCGUCCGAUCCAUUGAGGGCUGGAUCAUCAUGGUCACCAACGUUCACGAGGAGGCAGACGAGGAGGCCCUGCAGGACGUCUUUGGUGAUUACGGCGAGAUUAAGAACCUGCAUUUGAACCUCGACCGCCGCAGUGGUUAUGUCAAGGGAUAUGCCCUCAUCGAAUACACCACCUUGGCCGAGGCCAGAGCCGCCAUUGAUGGCGCCCACGAAACCAAGCUCCUGGACCAGACCAUCUAUGUCGACUUUGCAUUCGUACGACCUCCACCGGGAAAGAACAACAGGGGGCCUCGCCAAGCGCACCGCGGCAGAGGAGGACGUAGCAGGAGCCGAAGCAGAAGCCCCGAAGCUGGAAGAGACGAUGGAAGGGAUGACGCGAGGGACGACGUCAAGGAUGACGAAGAUGUGCUGUGA